UUCAACGAUCCAAACUGCAGGACCACCGGCAAAAGCUGGAGAGCCACCACAUGGUGCAGGAGGGUAAGUUGGGACGACUGGCGCAGGCGAUGCACCGUUGACGUCGACGACGUCUCAGUCGACCCGAGCUACUCCGCUCUGCUGCCGGAGCUGCUGGACGAGGAGACCCAGAAGCUGGAGCUGAGGAACCUAGAGUUCCUCAUCCCAACGUUGGGCGUGCACGACGACGACCUUCUUUACAUGUUGGCCAGGAGUGGUGGUAGAACCGGCGACGGCACGGCCUGGGUCGUCGCCGUCGACAUGAGACGCGCGGUGACGGAGGCGCUGGUCCUGGUUUCUACCGAGACGGGCUACGCCGUCACGAUGUACUUCCCGUGCGCCUUCCCCAAGUACCUCGACGGCGACAUCAUCAUGGCACUAGGUGCAAGCAUGGAGGCUGAAACAGCAGCUGAUAAUACUGCCGACACAGACAGUAUUGGUAGUAAUAAUCAGAACUUUUCUGAUGAAGAUUAUUGGUGCGCCGAGUCCCUUGAGGGGUAUGCCUUGCCCUUCUAUGGAGAAGGAGGGCAAGUCUUUUCUGAUGAAGAGGGGAGCGACCAAGGAAACGGCAUCGGAACUUGGUGCGCCCAGUCCUACUACGGCGAAGCCCGCUACGGCUACUGUGAAGAAGACGAAGAAGAAAGAAGAGGAGACAUGGGCAAUCCAAUGGACAAUGCCGAUGUAUUUCGAGAAUUGCCGCAAUAUGUAUCCGAUCCCAACCCCGACCCUCGAGCGAACCGGCGGAAGGAGAGGAAGAAGAUGAGGAGGAGAAAGAAGCAGGAGAACAGGAGGAGGAGCAAGAAGCAGGAGCAGGAGCAGGAGCAGGAGCAGAAGCAUCAUCCCCUGCAGCAGCUUGUGCAGUUUCUGGAUGACCGGCCGGAGUUGCACCCGAUCUGUUUUGUUGCCUGCGUACUGAUAGCGAUCAUUGUAAGAGAAUUCUUGGGUACCAACCCGUGGCAGGCUGGUUGA